GGCAUGAUCGGGGGAGACCCUGCCAGCUACUCGCAGUACGAUCUGAUAAACACCAGUGGGAGGAGUUCCCGCAGCAGCUGCUACAAGCAAACGCCCCUCGUUAGUUUACCGCCGGGGAAGAUGCCCCAGGAGGGGGAGUGGCCAAGGAAUGAAGUGAGUAUGUCAACUGACAACGAAGGCGAAUGGUAUGGGAAAGAUGGAGGAAUGAUAAGAGAGGGGAAGUGGCCAAUAAUCGAUGGAGGGAGGACGAUAAUGAGGGAAGGCGAGUGGCGGGCCAAGGCAGAUAGUUGGUCGGUGGGGGAAGGGGAGAGGACCACCAAGGAGGGGCUACUUCUUCCGAGAGAUGGGGACUACUCCUUGAGGGAGAGAGAGGCUGCAGAGGGAGCUCUGGUGUCAAGAGAGGGCAUGAGGAAAUAUGACCCCCAGGCCUACACCCCUCGACAUAACCCCAGACCAGGUGAUCACAAAGCAGUUGGCGGAGGGAGCUCGGCGGCCGCCCACAUGGAUGCCACGAGACCUGACAUGUCGUCAAAGCGAUGUGGAGGAGUAUUCACCGACGACUCUAUUCAACCGCAACAAGAUUCGUGGGAGUCGACCCCCAGCGACGGGGAGGUGACCAAAGACGGCACGGUGAGGAGGAGGUACAGCCACACCACCAAAAAACCUCUGUUGAGCAAAUCUCCCGACGUGUUGCCAUCGCCUGUGGGCUCUCAGAAGCAGACGCCUUCUCCGAAGGGCCCGAGCUCCCCUAUGGACUGCUCGGACUCCGAAAGGCAGAUGGAAAGCAGCGACGUGGCCGAGAGUUCGGAGACUGACCUCCCGCUCUCGAAAACUUCCAGUACACAGGACCUUCCAGCUCGUCUGCCCACCACCGCUUCCAUACAAGAACUCGAUCACUUUCUGUCGGCGAUCAUUCAUAACCUGGAGGCCCAGCUGCAAACUGGGGGAAGCAUCUCCAUCAAAGGUCGCCCUGGGGAGGCACUCACGGCUGAAGGGUUAAAGAGAAAAAGGAAAAAGAGGAAAGAUGACGAUGGACCCGAGUCAAGAAUUCCCGAGCUGGUUCCCCUAAGGACCAAAAAGAUGAGCGAAUGCGGUGCUUGCGGACGUCGUUGGGUGGAACCACGCCUUCUCCCGUGCCUGCACACAGUCUGCACGCCCUGCUUGCACGCCCGGGCUGCUCACAUUCCCACCCCUAACACCAGCUCCACGCCCACAUAUUCCCCGAGCACCCUCGGUUCCUACCCAGCGCCCCCACAGCCUUAUGAUGGUAAAAUAUCCCUUCAAUCGUCACCCUUACACAGCAACAGGCCGCCCUCGCAAGAAAGGACCCUGUCAACGCCCACGCCCUUACCUGUACCCCCGCCCCCGACGGUCAUACCUCCCACGCCCAACCACUCUCCGUCUACGCCUUCUCCAAGUCACCCGAGUCCUGCGUCUCCUUCGAAUAAUGCGGCGGCGACUCCCAGCGACUUCGUGUCCCACAGCUGUGGGAAUCUCAGCCGGCACUGGAAUGGGGAUUCCUCCGGCCAUAUUCCCGGCGAUUCCAACAACAACAGUGCAGUUUCAGCUAGUCAGUGCAAUCAACAGUUCGUCAACGGAAAUCAAACAUCUCAGCAAGACCCCCAGCAUCACCACCACCACCACCACCAUCACCUCCACCAUCACCACCAUCAAAAACAGCACCAUCACCAUCACCAGUCGGAAAACCAACAGCACCAAGACAAAUUAGCAGCAGCGUCCGAGGACUUGGAUUCGGUCAUCGAGCUCCUGACGAACCUGUCUCCAAACGUCCCUUCGAACGCACCCACCAGACCCACCUCGCCCAAGAUGACCGUCACGCCCACGCCCUCGCCGGUUCACACGCCCACGGACGCUUCCUUGCCUCCCCCUCCCCCGCCCCCAGUAGCAUCGUGUCCCGAGAACGACGUGGCCUCCCCCUCCAGUACUCUGGAUUCGAGGGGUUCUUCGAAGACGAGGUCAAGUGGCAGGUCUUCCAGCUGUGAGAGUGUGAACAGGAAUAAAGGUGUAUGGGUCGUAUGGUGCCAUGAGUGUGGCUUCGAGGCGCAGGUGCCCCCGGGCGGGGUCGAGUGCUUCCCCCUCAACUACAUCCUACAGAAGCAGCUCGUCCUCGAGGCCCUCAACUCCUCCUCCACGACCGUCUUCUGCGAUCUCUGCCAAGAAGAUGUCGUUGCCGAGGAGAGAUGCGACACCUGUCCGGUGAACCUGUGUCGCCUGUGCAGUCGGGCACACACCCGCCAGAGGCGAACGAAUCAUCACAAAGUCAUCUCUUUACAGGAAGCUCGAAACAUGGGCAUUCGCGAAGUCGCCCAUACCCUGGUGUGUGCUACCCACGGCGAGGGGGAGGUCGGGUGGUGGUGCCGAGGAUGCCAGGAGCCCCUUUGUGCCUCGUGCCUGGCCACUUUGCACCGAGGUCACCCGACGGUCACCGUCGACCAGGAAGCCCCUCAUGCCAAGAGUAACCUCACCUCCCUACUUGACUUGUCCUCCAACAGGAUGGGAGAACUGCUGGGUACAGUGGAAGACCUUACCGGAGCUGCUGCCAGGGUUCAGCAGCGAGGUCGCGCGGUCACCGAUCAGGUCAACGCUUUUAUUGACGACUACAUCAUGGCGCUGGAGGAGCACCGGCAUACCCUUCUUAGGCAGAUUCGACAGGCGUGCGAGCGCGCUCAGCGGGGAAUCGUCAUGGAGUCUCAGAAAGCCGGGCAGACUGCGAGUUGGCUGCGGCAAGGCUGUGAUUUAACCCACGAUCUGUUGCAUCACGCUGGAGAUGCGGAGACCUUGGCGCUGGCCCCCAUCGUCACGCUUAGGUUACAGCAUCUCUUAAACGAAGAUGUGCGUGGCUGGGCUCGAUGGGAAAGGCUGACUUUGCUUCGCGACCAUCGGGCAGGCAAGGUCAGAGGUCAUCGACUCCACGGCGUCAUCGCAGACACUCCUGCUCAUCCUCCAAGUUCCAGGCUCAAACUAUUAGGCGAUGUGAAUAACAUUGCCGUGGGUACUCGAGUGUCGGCGUUGGUGGUUGCAAGGGACGUUGACGGUCAGCCAAUCACGCACGGAGGAGAGGACGUCGGGGCAAUGGUGCUUACGAGGGACGGCAAUAUCCUAUGUAGUUGUUCAGUGAGAGAUCGUGAAGAUGGGUCAUACGAGGUCACUUUCAGCCCUCCAGUACCGAUGUCAGCUAUGUUGAAAGUGACCAUCCAAGGUGCUCACGUUCAGGACAGUCCCCUGGACAUCAUGAUAACGCCCACAUCUUCGGCGGGACAGUCCAGCUCAGGAGGUGGUGAUGCGAGCUGCAAGGAGAGGGGCGUGGCUGUGCCAGGGAGGCAGCAUACGGGCAUCUUCCACUGCUGUACCUUCUGCUCCAGUAGUGGUGACAAAACCGCCACUUGCGCUUGUGGUGCGACUAUGCCAGGUGGGUACAUGGGCUGUGGUCACAAUCACGCCGGGCAUCCCGGAAAGAAGCACUGGUCUUGUUGUGCCCAGACGAGCGCCACAGCGCCCUGCACGAGACCCCCGUCGCAGUAUUACCAAGUUACGCUCUGAUGAUGAAGUCUUCGAAACCAUUCAAAAUUAAAUCCUUAUAUAUUUUUCAAGUCAAAUAAUCAUACCACGGGGAACUGCACAGAUCUAUUUGCGAUUUCCAUUUUGUCGUCACGUAAAACCAUGGCAAUUGUAGUGUUCACUGUUGUGCAUUUUUGGACCUUUUUGACCUUUGAUUCUUCUUAUAAGAGCAGUGAAUUUUCUCAUACAUUUUAAGGUAUGGUUCUUGAGCCUUGAAGAAUAUGCGAAGUGGAUUCCAUUGUCUUCACAUGUUCCAUCAUGACCAUUUUCGAUAUCAUCGCCAUCCUCAUUAUCAUCUCAUUUUUACAAAAACUUCCUUUCAUUUCAUUUUUCAUCAAGAUUCAUAAAUACUGCCAAAUAGUGUUCUUCCUAAUAUAUUUAUCCUCAUAUCUCAGCCAUGUUUAUUUCAUGUUGUCAGGUGCCAUAUUCUCUGCAACUGUGAUUGCAGUAUGGUGUUGUAUCAUCCAAUAAAGAAUUAUAUCAAA